AUGGCUUCACAUCCCAUCCUGCCCAAAAAGGGCGAGCGCAAUAUUUUGAUCACCAGCGCCUUGCCCUACGUGAACAAUGUACCUCACUUGGGCAAUGUCGUCGGCUCUGUGUUGAGUGCCGAUGUCUUUGCGAGAUACCACAAAGCAUGUGGUCGCCAGACGCUGUACAUCUGUGGAACCGACGAGUACGGAACAGCAACCGAGACUAAGGCGUUGGAGGAGAAGGUGACGCCGCAGGAGCUUUGCGCCAAGUACAACAAGAUCCAUCAGGAAGUGUACGAGUGGUUCGAGAUCGGCUUUGACCAUUUCGGUCGCACGCCGACCCCACAACACACGGAAAUUUCGCAAGCGAUCUUCAAGCGACUGUACGACAACGGUUUUCUCGGUGAGAGGACGGCCGAGCAGCCGUUCUGUGAGCAGCACGGCUCCUUCUUGGCGGACCGUUACGUGGAGGGUGAAUGCCCACGAUGCCAUUACGAUGAUGCACGAGGCGAUCAAUGCGAUAAGUGCGGCCAUCUCUUAGAUCCCUUUGAUCUUAUCAAACCGCGCUGCAAGCUCGAUGGUGCGACCCCGGUCCGCCGCCCGACAAAACAUGUCCACCUCCUCCUUGACAAGCUGCAGCCUGAGAUUGAGAAGUGGGUGCACCCGACUAUCGAGGAGGGUGACUGGCCGAAGAACUCGCGCGUUAUCACGGAGUCUUGGUUGAAGGAAGGCUUGAAGGACCGUGGUAUUACGCGAGACCUUAAGUGGGGUGUGCCUGUACCGCUAGAGGGCUACGACGAUAAGGUGCUUUAUGUCUGGUUUGAGGCCUGUAUCGGCUAUCCGUCUAUCACGGCCAACUAUACGCCGGAUUGGGAGCUCUGGUGGCGCAACCCGGAGGAAGUGCAGCUGUACCAGUUCCUGGGUAAGGACAACGUGCCGUUCCAUAGCGUCAUCUUCCCAGGCACUCAGAUCGGAACCAGAGACAAGUGGACUAUGCUCCACCACCUGAGCACAACCGAGUAUCUGAACUACGAGGGAGGCAAGUUUAGCAAGUCCCGCGGAGUGGGUGUCUUCGGUACCAAUGCCAAGGAGACUGGGGUACCGCCGGACGUGUGGCGCUACUUCCUGCUGAAGAACCGACCCGAGACCGGCGACACGCAGUUCGAGUGGCGGCCGUUUGUGGAGAGCAACAACAGCGAGCUGCUGGCGAAGCUGGGUAACCUCGUCAACCGAGUGAUCAAGCUCGUUGCCGCCUCCUACGGCUCGGUUAUUCCCGAGUUUACGGUGCCGGAGAGUUUCAACCCCUUCUUGGAGGAAGUGAGUGGCCUGCUGCAGCAGUACAUUCAAGAGAUGGAGAGCUCUCAUCUGCGUGCCGGUGUCCAGACCGCGAUGCGGAUCGCCGAGGCCGGCAACGGACUGAUCCAGGCCAACCGACUGGACAACACGCUGAUCGCCAACGAGCCCGAGCGCGCCGCUGCCGUCGUCGGAUCCGUUUUGAACCUAAUUUACCUGCUGUCCAGCGUGUUCGCGCCAUACAUGCCAGCCACCUCAAAGUCGAUUCUGGAGCAGCUGGAAGCGCCGUUCCUGCUGAUACCGUCUCUGGAGGAGGCCAAGCAAGGCUGGAAGCCUACGGCUCUCAAGCCGGGACACAAGCUCGGCAAGGCCAAGUACCUGUUCUCCCGCAUCGACCCCAAGAAGGCCGACGAGUGGCGUGACAUGUUCGGCGGCUCGCAGGCCGAUCGUCAGAAGAAGGAGGAGGAAGCUGCCAAAAUCGCGGCUAAGAAAGCCGCCAACAAAGCCAAGAAGAAGGAAAAGAAGGACAAGGGCAAGCCCGCCGGUGGCGUUGAGGCCUCGGCUAAGGGCGGUGCCGAGAAGCCGUCUGUUACGACGGAGGGCCGCAAUGACGAGUCGGUCGAGAAGAUCGCCGACGGUGUUUCUCAGGUUACCCUUCCGACUUCGUAG